GCUGGAUUACCCGGCGAUUCGUGGAUAUAUUCCGUCGAGAGGGAACGAUUGGCCAGAAGGUCAGAAUGGUGUCGGGCAAUGCUUACUGGUUCGUUCGCUCCUCCAUUGACAGAUUCGCCACCGUUAUUGCGAUUGGAAUAUGUUGACAAGCGAGCAUUUGAUCACUUUCUCAAAUAUCUUCAUGACGAGCCCGUCAAUUUUAUAUCAGUAUCAACGGCCAGGGUUACGCUCGAUGCAGCUCAUCAGUACCUUUGUCCUGGACUCGCGCGACUCGCCGUAGUGUAUCUUGAGAAGCAUCUUACACCAUCGACCGUGCUCGAAAUUUAUCAGGGUCUUGGACUUUAUGCGAACGAGCUACGGGAAGGUGAUUCAGAUUUUGACAGAUCGUCAAAUUUGCCAUCGACACCAUCACCGCCUGGAGAUGAUGCCAGUAUAAUAGCUGCUAUGUGCACCGAUCUUCUGCUCAAGUGCUUGACUGUAAUCGAUUCGAAUCCAAUAAAGGUGCUGCAUCAGGAAUAUUUUGAAGAGCUCAGUGCCCAGGAAGUCGCCCAGUUAGCACAUCGCGACACUUUGAAUAUCACUAGCGAGUCUAUCCUCUUCAAUGCGUUAGAUAGAUGGGCCGCAGCCGAGUGUAGAAGACAAGGCGUCGAACCUCUGCCAGUUAACAAGAGAGCCGUGCUCUCGGAUGACGUCUGCUUCAGUGUGCGAUAUCUUCUUAUGAAUGACCGAGAAUUCGUCAGCGGUCCUAUGGCGAGUGGUAUCUUGACUAACGAGGAAUGUGUUCAUAUCGUUUCUAAAAUACUCAGACAUCCUGAGGAUCCGAAAAAUGAGAGCAUUCGGAGCAGCGCAGCGGUCCAUCCAUCUAGGUUGUCCAAUGCGCCUAGGAUCGCAUAUAAAGGCGAGAAUCAGGAUUGCAACAUGUUAAGGCCGGGUAAAAAAGAACGACAAGACAAUCGAAAAAAUAGAAGAAGAGAGUGUGCUAGUCAAGGACAUAGAGCAUGCGCUAGAAUAGGAAAUUGUCUUGUACGAAUUUUAGCUUGCGUCUUUGAUUAAACUGCACCAUAGAAUCAUAAUCGCAGAACUUCCAAAUUUUUUCGAAAAGGUAUUCGGUCUUUCUGCAUCAUUUUAUUUUUCGAUUACAAAUUCUGCCUGAGAAUUCAAGAUAUGAAAUAAUGCAUAUUAAAAAGCCUAAAGAAUAUCUAAUGAUCGUCUAAAAAAUAACAAUAUACACGCAUGGUUUAUCUACAUGAUGAUCAAGUCAAAUCCCCAAAAGAUAUUCAGUAUAACUGCAUAAUUAAAUAGAAUUUAUAAAUUGUAGAUACUUAGAUGCUGCUUAAUAUUUUUACGAAUGCAAAAAGACACAAAUAAUUUCUAUCAUUGUCGAAAUAUUAAACGUAUCAUGCGGUGACGUCAGCUAGUUGAAAUUUAUAUACAUAGGUAAUAUUUUUGAAGAUAAUAGAGAGACUGAAAUACUGAAAUGAACGUUUUUUUAACAUUUUUAGAGAGUAUUUACAUCUCCGACGAAUUUUUAUCGACGAGACUAUUUCAAAGUAAUGAAGAAAUCGCGCAUGAAAAUUGAGAACAUGUUUUAUGCCACUUCCAUUAUUAUUAUUAUUAUAAAAUAAUAUUUUGUUGUUUUGUUAUAUAUAUAUUUGGGAAGAUAUUUUAUCUUCUCGCAAUUUUGCGCAAGAUCUGUUGCUAUUACAACAGUAGGCUUUCGCUACAGUUGUUAGACGAAGUAAAGACGCUAUUACGAGAUUAUGCAUUUAUCAAUGUAUUUUACAUAUUUUACAAAGAAAUGAAACUUUAAAAUUUUUAUUUGAUCGU